AUGGGUCUGGAAACAUGCCACCAACUUCAUCGACUCUUCUCCCCCGAUUGUCCUGCAACUCAAGAUGUUAUCGCCAACUUCGUCAAAGACAGGCAAAACGAUUUUGGCCAUGCCUCGCUGCCUAAGAACCUUCGCGCGGUUCACUUCCACACCGUGACCAAUGCGGUCGAACAGGCUAAUAGAUUCACCGUCGCCCUCUUGGCAGAUCAACCGCCAACGCUCCUCAGUCAGAAUGUGACAAGUGAAAACCUUUUUGAUCUACGGCACACGGCCGAACGAUUUUGGCAUACGCUCACAUUUCAAGAAGCAGCCGCUUUUGUUUGA